GACCGCCGCCUACCACCGCUUUAUUAACAGCCUCCUGCACAGCAGCUCCUACAAAGGGAAGCACCAGGUUCAGGCGCCGCAGCCCAGUACCGUUGACCUUUCCUCACUUUCCCUCAACCGGAGAAACGAUGCUUCUCAGCACCAGUUGCGCAGUCUCAGCCGUCAGCAGCCGCCUAGACAGCGGCCGCGCCGGCCGGUGGCCGCGCGCGGCUGCCGCAGCCCCCUCCGCCACUGGAGUGCGACGCGGCGUGUUGCAGACCCGCCGCGCGCUUUCUGACAGCGAGGGACGCGAGCCGGCACGAGAGGAUCCCGUAAUUGCCCGAGCUCGGGAGCAGGUUCAGUCGGGCCUGGUGUUCCAGCCCAUGGGCGAGGUGCAGCCGCUGGUGGCCGCCAUGGACCAGCAGCUCAUGGACCCCAAGGCCGAGCCCGGCCUGGCCGCCACCUACUCCCUGGCCCGCAGCAACUAUUCGCCUGACCUGGAGUCCGGCAUCAACGAGCAAAUCAACAUCGAGCUCAACAUGUCGUACGUGUACACCAGCAUGUACAACUUCUUCGCGCGGGACGACGUGGGGCUGCCAGGCUUUGCAGCCUACUUCCGUCACAACAGUGACGAUGAGCGGGAGCACGCGCACCUGCUCAUGAACUACCAGACCCAGCGCGGCGGCCGUGUGCGACUGCUGGCCCUGGCGCCGCCGGAGACCGAGUUCUGGCACGCAGAGAAGGGCGACGCGCUGCACGCCACGGAGCUGGCCCUGAGCCUGGAGAAACUCAACUUUCAGAAGCUGCGUGACCUGCACACCGUGGCGCAGACCGUGGGCGACGCCGACGCCACCCACUUCAUUGAGGACUACCUGCUUCACGAGCAGUCCAAGGACGUCAAGGAGGCGGCGGUGCUGGUCAGCCAGGUCCGCCGCGCCGGCCGCGGCCACGGCGUUUUCCACGUGGACACGCUGCUGGCCCAGGAGUACGGCGACAAGGGCGCAGGCGGCCUGGAUGGCAACGGCGCUGGCCCGCUGGCUGGCUGAGGAUAAAACGACGCAGCGGUAACAGACUUGGUACAACCUGUUGAGUGCUGACAAGAGGAAGCUUCGUAUAGGCCGUGACGAGUAGCGGUUAGGGCUUUGGCUGUUGGAAACGUUUAAGUAUUAUUUGAAUGGGUAGGGGUUUUGCUUGGGUUGCAAGAUGGCAUCGCACUACUACAGCAUGUGGUCUGCGGCUUUGUUGGCAUUGUGCCCUGUGACAGUUGUGGAGGCUGUGGGUUGGCUCGCUCGUUGACUGCGGCGCUUGACCAUUGCACUCGUUGCUUGCACGUGGGCAGCUGCAGGGGACAUGCAGGGGACGAGGGGUUGCACUUGGGAAUGGUGGGAUCAAAGUUGGACCCGGGCAGUACUUAUUGGCCCUCUGCUGCGAGCUUGCACUAGCUCUGUAACGGCAUCACCAC